UCUCCAUCAUGAAGCCGCCGGUACAGCAGCGCCGGCACGGCCUGUCGUCAGCAGCAACAUCGACAUGAUCGACACAAACACGGGCAACACGGGUGCCACGUGCGAUUUGGUUCUUUGGCGAGCGGCAGCUUGGCAUUUCAAGUCUCCUCGGCUUUUUUCUGCGCGUCUUCCCUCGUCACUUUUGUUUAGUAGUUCUGUAUUUUACCUCGUUUACGCGCACCAACCGCUGCCUAGCCACAAGGAAUGAGCGCCUCCGACUCCUCGAAAACGGCAACCCAACAGACGGCCCCGCCGCAACCACGAACAACGUGGAGCGAACGGGAGACAUGGGCUCUUAUAAGUCUUUGGGAAGAGCACCUAGACCACCUGAGAGGAGAGCGGAGGAAUGCUAGAGUAUAUGAUCGCAUUGUGCAAGGCCUCGCCAGGCUCGAAAUUAUCCGGACAAGAAAACAGGUGCAGAGCAAGAUCGACAACCUCACCCAAAUGUACAGGAUGUAUUUUAAUGAAAUACAUCGCUUUCUUGGAACGCUGCCAGCGAAUGACCAGUCGCUGGUAGAAGAAAGUGCAGCGCACUCAGAUGCCACAGUUGAACAGUUUAUCUGUAGCAUGGAGCAUGGCUACGAAUCGCCAAACAACAACGAGGAUGAAUGGGAGCUGGAGCCAUCGGAAGCUGUCCCCACAUCAGAACUAGCAGAUGAGGCACCAUCACAGAGAAGUCGGAUAACAAAUGAAAACCAGCGUCGUUCUCGAAAGAGAAAGCUCACAAGCACAAGUGAAUUUCAGCGGGACCUCCUUAACGAGCAACGCCUGCUUCGGCAGGCAUUGGAAUCCGCGACCAAAGAAGACCGGGUGCUCAGAGAGCGACAAAUAAAUGCUCAAGAAAGACUUGUUGGACUGCUGGAGCAGUAUUUUAAUAAAGAUUGA